UGAAAGUUGAAUAUAAAUACAGAUCCACUGCCCUUAGAGAUCACAAAACCCUUUAUCUUUUGCCCUCUUCAUACCUCUACCUUAUUACGAAUCGAUCCACGAUACCUUGCUUAAAGCUUCACUCAUCCUUAAAACCUUUCUUAGAACAUAACCCAAUCAGUCUGCAAUGACAGAUCUGUCUGUAACAACGUCGCGAUCGUCGUCAGCUACUCCAACUAUCAAUGACGGUCAGAAACGAAGUAGUAACAAUCUAGAAGGUGUAACACCUUUAUCUUCUGUACACGAAGAGAAGCUUCUCAUGGAAGAAAUUGCCGCAAUUCCUAUCAAAGAAAUGGAAUCUAGAAAACAGGAGGAAGGCAAUGAGAAGAAGAAAAAGAAGAAAGGAAAGAAAGAGAAACAAUCCUCAGUUCCUAUCUAUGAGCUUUUCAGAUUUGCCACGAAGACAGAACUCCUGAUGAUUUUUAUUUCAUUGCUUUUUUCAAUGGGCAUUGGUGCUUUACAACCUGUAACAAUAAUUAUUUUCGGCCAAUUCAUGGCCACAAUUUCUGAUGCAAUGAUCAAGAUGGAUAUGGCACAGUUGGCUCAUGACGCGCAGCCUCUUAUCUUAACCUUUGUCUAUAUGGGAACUGGUGUACUUUUUGCUGCCUAUAUUGGUAACUGUUUUUGGAUUCUCACUGGCGAAAACCAAACACGUCGCAUUAGAUCACUUUAUGUACACGCUAUCCUUCGUCAGGAAAUGGCUUGGUUCGAUAAAGCUGAAGAGGGAUCUUUAACAACCCGUCUAGCUACUGAUACUCAACUGAUCCAGGACGGUAUCUCAGAAAAAUUCGGCUUAUUCGUUCAAUGUUUUGCUCAGUUCAUUGCUGGUUUCGUCGUAGCUUUUGUUAAGGGUUGGAGAUUAGCAGUUGUCAUUCUUGCCACAAUUCCCCUGCUGGCUGGAGCUGGAGGUUUCAUGGGUUGGGCUAUUACAAAGUUCACCGUCAAGGCUCAAGAUUCAUAUGCUGAAGCUGGUUCUGUUGCCGAACAAGUAUUUGCAGGUAUCCGUACCGUUUAUUCCUUCUCACUUCAAAAUCGAUUUGCCAAAUUAUAUGAGAUAAAGAUUGCAAAAGCAAUGCAAAUUGGUGUCAAGCGUGGUCGUGUCCUUGGCCUUGGUUUUGGAUUUUUCAUGUUUAUUUUGUUUUGCACUUAUGGUCUCUCAUUCUGGUAUGGUGCUAAGCUCUCGCAAGACCACCUUAUGGAAGUUUACGAUGUUCCGGUCGUCUUUUUUGCUAUGAUUAUUGGUGCCAUUUCCUUACUGCAAUUGCCUCCGAAUCUUUCGGCCGUUUCUACUGCUUGCGGUGCUGCUUACAAGAUUUAUGCUACUAUUGAUCACACACCUUCGAUUGAUGUUGAUCAGAAGAAUGGCUUAGCCCCUGAAAAGUUUGUUGGCCACAUUGAAUUUAAGGACGUUAAAUUCAGUUACCCUACUCGUCCUGAUAUUACUAUUUUAAAGAAACUCAACCUUAAAAUCAAGCCUGGUAUGACUGUCGCUUUCGUUGGUCCAUCUGGCUCUGGUAAAUCCACAAGUGUCCAGCUUCUUCAGCGUUUCUAUGAUCCUUUGGAGGGUGCUGUCAUGCUUGACGGUCAUGAUUUGAAGGAUUACAAUGUUGCAUGGCUCCGCAGUAAAAUUGGUGUUGUUUCUCAAGAGCCUGUCUUGUUCAACAUGUCUAUCAAACAAAACCUGCUCAUGGGUGUUACCGAAGAAGUCACUAAUGAAGAUAUUGUUGCUGCCUGUAAGAAAGCCAGUUGUCAUUCCUUUAUCUCUCAGCUCCCUGAUGGUUAUGAAACCCUCGUAGGAGAGCAUGGUGGUAUGCUCUCAGGUGGUCAAAAGCAACGAAUUGCUAUUGCUCGUGCUAUUCUCAAAAACCCUUCCAUUCUUUUAUUGGAUGAAGCAACCUCCGCUUUGGAUACCCAGUCAGAACGUUUGGUGCAGGCUGCUUUGGAUGCUGCUGCUGCUGAUCGUACUACUAUUGUCAUUGCUCAUCGUUUAUCAACGAUCAGAAAUGCCGACCUCAUCGUUGUUAUGCAAGCUGGUGAUUUGGUUGAACAAGGUACCCAUAAUGAACUUCUUGCUCUGAAUGGCGUUUACGCCGAGCUUGUCAGAAAACAAGAAAUCUCUACAAAGCAAACCGACGGUGGACCAGAUGAACUGGAUUCUGACGAACUAUUGAGACGUGAACAAAUGGAGAUUCAAGCCGAGAAGAAGCGUCUGCAGGAUCAAGCUUCGAAUGAAAAAGAGACUACAGUAAACCUAUUUAAGACUACUAGUCGUGCCUCUGUUGAUGCUUAUGAAUUGAAGUUGAAAAAAGAAAAAGAAGAACGCAAAAUAGCAAUGAAACAAAAGGUCCCACUAGGCAAAGUUUUGAAGCAAAUGCGCUCUGAAUGGCCAUUGAUGGGUGUGGGUAUUGUUGGUGCAGCUCUUGCUGGUGCAGUAUUCCCUUGCUUUGCUUUCAUACUUUCUCAAGUUAUCAGUCAAUUCCUCGCUCCUAAUAGGCCAAUUCCUGGCCCGAUGGAAGGUACCAAUCUCUACGCCUUUUUGUUCGUUGUUCUUGGUAUUGCUUCUUUCAUUGGCUUCACUACCCAAAUCAUUGCUUUUGAAACUGCUGGUGAACGCUAUACUUGUCGUCUCCGUGCUGCUAUCUUCCGUGCUUUCAUGAGACAAGAAGUAGGGUUUUUUGACAAUGAUGAUAACUCUCUGGGUUCUCUCACAUCCAAACUUGCCAUUGAUUCCAAAAAUGUCAAUGAAUUAGUCACCAAAACGUGGGGUGAUGUCACUCAACUGAUAGUUACUGCUAUUACUGGCUUGGUCAUAGCCUUUACACAAAGCUGGAUGUUGACUUUAAUUAUUCUUUGUAUGGCGCCUUUUAUUGCUUUUGCCACCUUUUAUGAAUCUAAGAUUCAGCGUGGAUUUGAAGAUAAAACCAAGAAAGCUAACGAACAGAGUGGUGAAGUUGCUGGUGAAGCUAUCAAGGAAAUUCGUACGGUUGCUGGCCUCAACAAACAAUCACACUUCGAAACCAAAUACCACAAUGCUACCGAGCGUCCUCACCGUCUUGCUCAACGCAAGGCUAUUAUGUCCUCUGUAGGUUAUGCUCUUCAACAAGGUAUUACUAUUUAUACAAACGCUGUUGCCUUUUAUGCUGGUGUGCAACUCAUGUGGCACCAUAAUUUGACUUUUGAUAAAAUGUUCACUUGCAUGAUGACUAUCAUGAUUACUGCUCAAGGUGUUGGUCGUGCUUCUGUUUUCACCACCACUUUUGCCAAAGCCAAGUACUCUGCCAUUGCCGCUUUUGAGAUUCUUGAACGUGAGCCUAAAAUUGAUCCUGACCUCGAAGGUAUUGAGCCAGCUCUUUCUCAAAUCAAGGGUGAAGUCGAUUUUGAAAACGUUGCUUUCCGCUAUCCUGCUCGUCCUGAUGUACCUAUUUUCAGUGGGGAGUUUAAUCUCCAUGGUAAGGCUGGGCAAACUGUUGCUUUGGUCGGCCCGUCUGGCUGCGGUAAAUCCACUACUAUUGGUAUGCUUCAAAGAUGGUAUGAUCCUAGUGCUGGUAAUGUUCGCUUCGAUGAUACCAAUGUUAAAAAAUAUUCCCUGGGCAACCUCCGUAGCCACAUGGCCCUUGUUGGUCAAGAGCCAGUUCUAUUCGACAUGACAAUUGGUGAGAAUAUCCGUUUUGGUGUCGACGAAGAUAAAUCGAUUACACAAGAAGAUGUUGAAGCUGCGGCCAAGGCUGCCAAUAUCCAUAUGUUCAUCAGUAGUCUUCCCAAGGGCUAUGAUACACGUGUUGGUGAUAAGGGCUCUCAACUAUCUGGCGGUCAGAAGCAACGUAUUGCGAUUGCUCGUGCUUUGAUUCGUAAGCCUAGACUUCUUCUUCUAGAUGAAGCAACAUCAGCUCUUGACAGCGAAAGUGAAAAGCUUGUGCAAGCUGCUAUUGAUAAUAUUUUGGAAGAAGGUGGUCGUACUACUAUCACCAUUGCUCAUCGUUUGUCAACUAUUCAAAAUGCUGAUCUGAUAUGUGUCGUCAAAAAUGGCCGUGUUAUUGAACAAGGAACACAUUGGGAGCUCCUUAAACUUAAUGGCACAUACAGUGAACUGGUCUAUCAGCAAUCCCUCAAUGCAAAUUAAUUAAUUGAGUGGGUUACCACUACUUACUUCUGAAUUGUUAAUUCUCAAAACUUUUGAUCCUACCUCUUAUUUCAUAGAUUACAUCUUAUAUAUACGUAUAUAUUUCCUAAUUUAUAUACCUCACUAUUUAUGCUUCCUUCUCUGCUACAAAAGUGUACAAUAGCUUUUUCAAUGUACAAAGUACUAUAUAAAUAACAAAUAGUUUCAAGAACGUCAUUAUCACCUUGCGGAUAAAAAC